AUGACCAUCGGGACUGAAGCACGACGACCACCACCACCCUUCACCCUGCACACACUAGACGCAUCCUCUCCGCGCACAUCACUCGAACCAGUGCUCCGACUAUCGAACCGGAUCUUCAACACGACCGCCUCAGAGCCGACACACCAUUCAUCGCUGGACGAAUGGUGCGCUCGCUUGAGGCAAAAGGAUUCAAUCCUCGUCUACGGAUCCACUGCACCUGAUGAAUCAAUAGAUCCUGCAAGCGCGGAUGGAAUGCCAAAGCGGGGAGGACAAGUUCAAGUUCAAACUCAAGCUCGAGAAGUCGUCGGCUUCGUGUUUGCGGUUGUCAAGACCGAGCCUGCUUUGCCGUUUCCGACGCUACAUGUCUGGCUUGCGGGUGUUUCGGAGAGGGCUCGGGGAAGUGGUGUGUUUGCGGCGCUAAUGAGUCGAGUGCAACAUCAUGCUCGCUCGAAGGGUGUGAAUGGCCUCAGUGUGGCGACUUUUCCAGCUACGUUUGGCAAGAUGUAUGCGAUUCUGCUGAAACAGGGUUGGGAAGCCAGAGAGUGGAAGGAAGAGGGGAAGAAAGUGCUCAUGAUUAAGGCGAUUUGA